CACGAUGACAUUCAGCGGACUGCCUCAGACAACCAAGACUGGAGUGCCGUGAACCGGCGGCGACUUUUUUUCCCCCUGAAGACAUUUUGCUAACGGUCAAUUGGGAAAAGGGGCGCCACAUGAGGAAAAUAACCGACGGUUGUGGAGAAUUAGAACAAACUGGGUUUCAUCUUCCCUGUGGCCAACUUCCUUCUUCUUCGUAUCCUUAUCUUCUUUGUUUUUUUUUUCAUCCUGAACGAAUCCGUUUUGUCAAGAAAAUGUUGAAUUUGGCGCUUUUCACCUGAAAUGAUAUUAAUCGAUUUCUGGGUCGUUUUUACUGCUCACGUAAUAUGUAACCGCGUAAGCGAGGAAAAAAAAACACAAAAGACAACACAACUCGAUAUUUUCGUAGACAUGAGCCAAUAUUUACACCUAAGCGUUUGGUGUCACGCGCCAGUGCGCAUGCGCAGUGGUGGACGGCGUUAGCUCGCCGCCUGGCAGCCACAGCGUCCUGCCCCGGCUGGUUGCGAUGUAGGCGCGUGAAGCGGGGGAGACAGAACACGGGAGGCGGACAUGGCCAAAAAGUGUCCUCGGCGCGGCGUGAAGACUGUUUCACAUGUGGACGCGCUAAUGGGAAUAGGCCGGCCGUGAAUUGUCAAGCAUGUCCGGGACAACCGACGGCGCAGAGGGAGCAGUGUCCAAAGUGCAAGUAAAGAGGGAGAUCAAGACCAUCGUGGACAAUUUGGAGACCAUCCUGGGCGACCUCAAGGAUGUAGCGAAGGAGCUCAAAGAGGUCGUCCACGAUAUUGACACCUUGACGUGCGACCUGCAGCUGGAAGAGGACGGCCUGACGGACAGCUCCAAGACGGACACGCUCAACUCCAGCUCCAGUUCCACCGCCACUACAACGACCACCGCGUCCAGCCUGGAGAAGAUGAAGUUCUUCGCCGACGACUGCCUAUUUACACCGCCGACCCCCGUCGCCCCUCUCCUCGCCCUUCCGCCCGCUGUGGUGACCGUACACAAGAAGGCGCACCCACCCUUGCCACCGCCCAGGCUUACCUCGACGAGAGCUGAGGAUCACUGCGGGAAAAACCUGACUCAUCCGACGUUAGUUCUGUCAGGGAAUCUAUCCAAGGCAAAUGGCUCAUCGUUGAAAAAUGGUGGUGUUUUUUCAUUGAAGCCAAACCGGGAUUUAUUCUCCCCGACAUCGUGUUUCAUUACUAAUGAUGGCGGGGUCCCGGAGUCCAGCCUGGUUCCUACACUACCCAGACCUAUGCCCCUUCUCCGUCACGAAAAGAACAAGUGCCUAAAGGCCUCUAGCAGGGAGCCCCGCGAGAGGGACCGCGUCCGUUUCAGUGAGAAAGUCCAGUACCAUGGCUACUGUCCGGACUGUGACCUCCAGUAUGAUGUGGAUGACUCAGAGUUGCAUUUGCAGGCCGAGCUGAACGACAUGCGGCUCAGCCCUGUUCACUAUUGCUCUCCUUCCUCUCCUCCUCCUCUCCCUCUCAAACUCAUGUUGGAGAACGGCGGCAUCUCGGUCAGCCACAGUUUUCCGCCCAAGGCAAGCACUCCCCCUCCUGCGCCUUGCGUACCUCCUCACCCAGGUUCCCUCAAACCUCAGAAAACAAUCCUGCGCAAAUCGACCACAACUACGGUUUGACGACAAGCCUGUCUUACAGACGCGAUCCUGAAUCAUUCAUAAUGUUUUCUACUUAGUGAACGCCGUCUACGCCAGUCCAAUUUUUCGGAUUAUUUAAGCAACAAGGCCGGAAAAUGGGAGACCACGAAGGCGAAAUAUAACCGGAAGGAAGCAAGCGUCAUGAAUUCCAAGAUGUAUGCACUCAGAUUCAGACAUAGCGGUAAGUAACUGUGCUUGUGAAAAUGUGUUGGUCAAAUGGAGGAACAGGUUUGUGCACUCACACACUUGGCUCUAUUAGGCUUGGGCAAUGAAUCGGUUCAUUUCGAGUUUUUUACUGUGGACAAUUUUAAUAAUACCGUGGUACCUCUACAAUAAUAAUUCGUUCCAGGACCUUGUUUGUAAGUCAAAAUGGUUGUAUGUCGAGCAGGAUUUUCCCAUAAGAAUACGUUAUAAGUUUAUUAAUUCGUUCUACAGCCAAAAAACCUACUCUAAAUCCUUAAUGCUGCAGGUGCUAUCGCAAAUAGCAAUACGCAGAGCAAAACAAAUAAAUUAUUAAUAAAAAUCGGAAAAAUAAUAUCUUAAUAGUUAGAAUAAUAAUAAUAAUACCUGUAAUAAUGUAACGAAUCAAAUCUAAUUCGGCGGAUUUUUGCAUGGUGUACCUGAACGCACUGCGUGGCUGACUUGACUGAGUGAGGAACUUUUUAUUAUUACUUUGUUCAGCUGCGACGGACACUAGGCAUGUUGUGUGGCGCAAGUUCUGAAAUAAAUGAUUAAAAACCUGAUGAAGUUGGCAAUUUUUUUAGCGAUGUUACAACAAUAAUAAUUGUCAUCUUGACUUGUAAAGACUGGCGAAUGGAGGUCGGAGAAAGACUGUUGAGAUCGUAGACAUUCUACGGCCGCAUUGUCGAGCCAGUUCAUGGACACGCACGCACCACGCUCAUAUUUUUCUAUAAUUUCUAUUUUCAUUUCAAUGGUAACCCUCACCUUUUUCCUUUGUUCAACACCUGCACUUACAUUCUUGGAACCCAUGUUGAUUUCUCUCACAACAAAAUCUGCCGUGCGCCCGUCUUGCAGGAAAACUAAGAAACUGCGGUGCUUUCUUCGUAUUUUGAGCAUGUUGUCGGAUGUAGAAAUGAAUUGCGAGUACAAUUUUACAUUGGAUGUCAAAAAGAUCGUGUGUCGAAGCGAUCGUACAGACACACAUACGAAGUUAAUUCGUUCCAGGACCUUGUUUAAAAGUCGAAAUGGUCAUAUGUCGAGCAGCAUUUUCCCAUAAGAAUACAUUAUAAUUCCAUUAAUUCGUUCCACAGCCAGAAAACCUACACUAAAUCCUUAAUAUAUGCUGCUGGUACCAUUACAAAUGGCAAUUACACAUAGUAAAACAAAUAAAUUAAAAAAUGGAAUAUAAUAUGAUAUGAAUAAUAAUACUUCCCGUGAUGAAGUAACGAAUCGGGUUCUAAUGUGGUGGAUGUGUUUUGCAUGCUGUACCUGAGCUCACCGCGUGGCUGACUUGACAGUGAGAUAGGUGCGGUUGAGAUUUUUACUUUCUCUUUUAAUGUCCUGUGGCGGACAGUAGGGGUGUUGUGUUGCACAAGUUCUGAAAAAAAUGAUUAAAAACCUGACAAAGCUAGAGAUUUCUUAUUUUCUUUGGUGACGUUACCACGAUAAUAAUUGUCACCCUUACUUAUAAAGACUGGCAAACAGAGGUCGGAGGAGGACCAUCAAGAUCGUAGACAUUCUACGGCCGUAUUGUCGAGCCAGUUCAUGGACACGCAUACCACGCUCAUAUUUCUUUAUCAUUUCCAUUUUCAUUUCAAUGGUAAGCAUCACCUUUUUCCUUUUUUUCACCACCUGCACUAACCUUGUUGGAACUCAUGUUGAUUUCUCUCACAAGAAAAUCCGCCUUGCGUCCGUCUUGCGGAACAACAAAGACUGCAGCGCUGUCAUAAAUCGUCGUAUUUCGAGCAUGUCGUCUGAUGUGGAAAUAAAUGGCGAGUCAAAUUUUGCGUCACAUGUCGAAAAAUACUGUGUGUCGAAGGGAUCGUAUGUCGAGGUACCGCUGUAUUUUUUUUCUACUCUCAUAACACCAUGUUUUGCUUAUGCACUAAACACCAAAAAGGCACCACUUUUUUUCUUCCUACAUAGCACAUGCAUGUGAUUGCUUGAAGGUUUUAUCAAUUAAUGGCAUUGACCGGCAAUUAAGCAGCAAAUAGCAUGUGCAGAAGAGUCAGGAUCAAAGUACCGUACUCCUUAAUGCUGUAGUGAGGAAAAUUUGUGACUUCAGAAAACCCAUCUACGAAAGAGGAAGAAUAAAGACAAGUAUUUGAAGCUGAUAGUAAUGAAGAUAUCAAGUGUGUCUAACCCUGUGUGUCUCAAUUACCCCCCCAGGAAGACAAGCACCCCCCUUUCAACUCUUUGCCCCCACUGUAUAUAGUAUAAUUUUUCUAUAAAAUUAUAAUUACACCUUUUUAUAACAUUGUGUCCUCUUUAAUAUUAAAGAAAAAAAGUAAUAUACAGUGCUGCUCAAAAGUUUGUGAACCCCCUCAACAUUUUGGAAUUUUCUAUUAUUUCAACCUGAUUUCCUAAUCAAUCAAUUCAGUAGUUUUUUGUUUUGUUUUUUUAACAGUUGUGUUGUCGAGACUAAAUUAAAUAGUUUUCAUCAACUGAUGUAGGUGCAAAAUUGAACUGUUUGGUCACAACCAAAACCGCCAUGUCUGGCGAAAAGUCAACACUGCAUACCACCAAAAGAACCUUCUCCCAACAGUGAAGCAUGGAGGUGGGAAUGUCAAGAUCUGGGCUUGCUUUUCAUCCUCAGGACCUGGACAACUCCACAUAGUCCAGGGAAUCAUGAAUUCUGAGGAAUAUUGUCAAAUCCUAGAACAUAACCUGACGCCAUCUGUUUUGAAGUUAAAGCUUGGCAGAAGGUGGAUCAUGCAACAUGAUAAUGAUCCAAAGCAUUCCAGCAAUACAACCAAGGAAUGGCUGAAAAAGAAGAAGAUUCGUGUUCUGGACUGGCCCAGUCAAAGUCCUGACCUAAAUCCCAUUGAAAUGCUGUGGCGGGACCUGAAGCGAGCAGUUCAUGCCAGACGCCCAUCAAACCUCUCUCAACUGACUGCGUUCUGCAAGGAAGAAUGGGCAAAAAUCCCCCAAAGUAGAUGUGAGAGGCUGAUUAGUCACUACAGAAACCGUUUGGUUGAGGUAAUCUCUGCAAAAGGAGGCGCAAUAUCCUAUUAACUGAAGGGGUUCACAUACUUUUGCACACAUGAUAUCUGAGUUUUUCUUAAAUCAACCACUUUUGUUAAAUAAAGAAUGACAAUAUAACUAUUUCUUUUGUUUCAGUCCAUUAUUUGGAAUGUCAGUAUUGUGGAUUUGGGUAUAACUUAACAUUUAAUAAGGUUAUUUUAGUUUUUUUUACAAAAAAUCUGACCAUCGCUGUGGGGUUCACAAACUUUCGAGCAGCACUGUAGAUCAUCUUACAAUAAAGUGUAACUUUAUUAACAUUGUUUUGUUUGUGACAGUAAAGACUUGAAGUGCAUUAAUUUGCCUGA